AUGGUGUUUGGAGUAGGAUUGAUCAUCAACGCGGUCCUAGUGGCCAUCCCGGUCGGGGGAAGCGUUGGAGCAUUGAUGGGCAUCGACGCCCACCGAGCGGCAACAGGACAGAAGCCUUUAUUCGCAGGUGGAAACACAGAGGAUGGCUCUAGCCCAGGCGGAGGAAAUGGUGGAAGUGGAAGUACAGGCGACGGCGGCAACCACAACAGUACCUCUUCGGUCCACGGCACACAAAGCACAGAGUACUGCGAUCUCUCAUGGGGAAUUACACCACCAUCCAAGACCGAGCAGUAUACCCUGAACCCGAAUCAAUGGGGUGUGGAUGGCACCACUGUUGGCAAAUUGUGUAUGAAUGUGACUACCUUCAAGAACGAGACUUAUCCCACCAAGACUGCACCGGAAUUCUCCGUGAACUGGAUGUUCGACGCUGGUCCAGAGACCCAGCCUGUGCACGCUUACUCCAACAUCCGGGUGGAUAAUGUCUUGCCUCUGGCUUUGGACUCGAUGCAAGAGCUGUAUCUCGACCUGCACUGGACAUAUGGAGUUGGCAACACCUCCGCCGAGACCACAUCCCAAGACGACUUAACCACUGCGAACCUCAAUACCAACGUGGCUAUUGAUAUGUUCUUGGACAGCGACAAGGAUAAAGCAGAGAACGGUACCAACGCCCAGUACGAAGUCAUGGUGUGGUUUGCGCAGUUUGGUCCUGCCACCCAGCCGAUCGGUCUCAGUGACAAGUCAAAGGCAACCAGAGAGUUGAAUGGAACUACAUUCGAUCUCUUCGUUGGCAAAAACGGGCAAGGCCAGACUGUUAUGUCUUGGGUUGCGCAAGAAGCCGUCAGCGGCGGUUUCAAGGAAAAGUUCACUGGUGACAUCUACCCUCUCAUCACCGAUCUUUACACUCUGGACCCUUCGAAACUGAAAGACCUUACUCCCCCCAGCAAAGGUGACUUCCUGGGCAGUUUGGCUUUCGGAACCGAAGCCUUCUACUCCAACAGCUUUGUCACAUUCUCGGUGCCGCAGUAUAAGAUCGACAUCCGGACUUGA